AUGAGUAUCAAUGACGAAUGGACCGAUGCGAUGCACACUAAUAUUUCCCUUGAUCGCAUUAAAAAUGUAAAACAAUUAUUAGAAAAUGGUGUCAAUUUGAAUACACAACUCCGUGACAGAAUGACGCCGUUGCACUUGGCAGUUGAAAAUGGAAGUCUAGAAAUGGUGAAACUUUUGCUAGAGCACGGGGCAAAUGUGAAUAGUUUAUCAUAUUUUGGAGAAAGCACUUUGAUGACAGCCACUAAACGCGGAAAUAAAGAGGUUGGUCAACGUGAUGUGUUCGGUGAAGCAGCCACGUACGCGGCGAUCGUCAGACGUGCCCAUCCGAAGAUCGUGGACAGCCUGUUGUACGCCGGCGGUACGUUGUCGGAUUUGGACGUUUGCGGACGCACGGUUGUCCACCGGUUGGCGUUGUCCACGGUCAGUGGCGACAGUAAAGCCACCGAAUACGUCGGCGAUCUGUUGUCUGACCACCAAUGGUUGGCCGACUUCCCCGACGACGAAGCCGGCGCCCGGACGCCGUUGCACGCGGUGGCCGUCACCGGCAAUUUGCAACUGUUGUCCGUAGUGUUGGCCAACAGCGGCCGGAAGGACGCGCCCGCUUUGUUCGGCGUAACGCCCAGCGAGUUGGCCGUCGUCUUCGACAACUAUUACGUGGCCAACACGAUAGACAGACACGUGGACGCCGACCGACUGAUACAAAGACAGUCGAUGAUAUUCGGCGCGGUAAAGCCAAUCAGCAAGUUGUGA